CCAGCAGCCGGAGACAGCAGCAUCCAGCCAUUCCUUGAGCCAGACUUCGACCCGGUCGACUAUUUGAAUCGAACCCUUCCUUCGCUGGCGACUUCGACCACGAGCGCGAGGGGAAUCAAGACCGUGCCACUUGCCGAGCUCACAUCACCGCUGCAGACUUUGCUCUCGCAGCUCAAUGCCCAAACCUCGAGGCUCUCCAAUACCUUGACCCAGUUGACUGACGAGAUCAUAAGGAGUGGAAGUCGAUUGGCGUACGAGGUGGAAGUGCUGAGAGGAGAGACCUUGGGGCUGAAGGACACUCUAGAGAAUGAUCUGAAGAAGGACAUUGAUGUCUUUGCAAUACAAAGUACAAAUGACAAUGGAGGAGCGGAUACAGUCCAAGACACAACGGCAGAGGAGCCCAACAAGUCCCCAGAGACGGAGCCCGAAUACCUCGAGCGCCUGCGAACUCUGACCACGAUUCGGGAACGUCUGGACGCAGUGAUCAAAACUUUCGGCUCCGCCAUGCAAUGGCCUAUUGCUCCGUCAGAGCUCUCGUUAACCUCCUCCCUGAUCUCCGUCUCCGCGCCGGACAGCAAUGACGAAUCCCGAAGUCGCGAGGAGGUUGGUCAGCAGUUUGCAGAACGACUACGUCAAGAAAUCAACGAUCUGCUGACGACCGGCACGGAAGGAUUGGAAGCCGCUGAUGCACGUAUUGCUGAGCUACGUGACUUGGCAGAAGUGUGGAGAGGUACAGCAGAGGAAAAAGCUCGUCUCAAGCAGGUCGAUGCACUCCAAAAGCUGGUCGAUGACAAGAGAAAGUCUUUG